AUCAAGUACUGCAAUGAGAAUGGGGUUCUUGACAAGUUCCUGGGAACCUCCAUCAGUGAGCUAGCUAUAUACGUAGUUAGUCAUUCAAUGUAGUGCACUGUUCAGACUUCAGGGGGCUCAACCUACACCACCUACUUGUAGCCGUGGAGCGACAGUAUGAGGUCAUCAGAUUAAAUAAACCUAUAAAAAGACUCAGACAAAUCAUUUACAUGUAUGUAUUAAACGUGCAGAAUCUGUACCAGUAGAAAAGCAUUGGAUAUACAGGUCUUUGACUUCAAUGGUUAAGUUGCAAAGAAUUGGAUCAGUUUGUCUUCUGUCAACCUAUAUAGGUGUUUGGAAUUAUCAUUGCUGGAGUAAAUAAGAUUUUCAGGUCGAUCUUCAACUUCUGUGGGCUUUUUUUUGCCAAACAUUGGUGAGCUGACUUGAAAACGCACCAUGCGAUAUUGAUUUUGAUGGCCAACCCAGAGGAAGUUUGGGAUUAACCUUAUAUGGAACAAUAUUUUUGUUAUGAUAUUCUGAAAGUUUGUGAAGAAGAUCUUCAACUGCUGUUUUGUAUUCUCCCAAGGAUUUGGUGAGGCAACCCCAGAUGCCGAGAUGUUUAGUUUUCGCCGUCUGAGCGAUACAACAAACCCUUCAGACGCCAACAGUCAGCCAAGGGUUAUCGUCAAAGAUGACAGCAGUGAUUCAGUGGUCAGUGACUCUCACGAUGGUCACCUUGCCAGGACGGAACCUCUCUCAUUGCGAGAGAAGAUCCAUGACUUCAUGGAGACACAGAGAUUUCACAUUGCAAUCCUUGUCCUUGUCGUCAUCGACUGCAUCUUAGUAAUCGCUGAGCUGGUUAUUGAUUUUCAGGUGUUGAGUGCAUCCAAAACACAAAAGUGUUGUCCAGUUUAUGAGGAGGGUGGGAAUUGUAAUGCAACAGAAUCUGAAAAGGAAGAGAAAGAAGUGACUGCUGCCAAUGUUCUUCACUACAUGAGCCUUGGUAUACUAUCUAUCUUCAUGAUAGAGCUUAUGAUCAAGAUACCGGUCUUUUGGAUGGAGUUUUUCAGGAGUAAACUAGAGGUAUUUGAUGGAAUCAUCAUUGUGAUAUCGUUUGUACUGGAUAUUGUAUCUCUCAUCUUUGAAGAGCAGUUUGCAGUAUUACAACUUCUUGUUCUGCUUCGACUUUGGAGGAUAGUCAGAGUAGUCAAUGGAGUCAUCCUUUCAGUAGAAACACAAGCAAAGAAGAAGAUAGAGACACAGAAACAUUUAAGAGUGGAGGUCGAACAUGAGCUGGAAAAGUUUAGAAAGUACUGUGCUGCACAGGAAAAAGAGAUUGAAGUCUUGAGAAAUACCCUUAAUAAACAUGGCAUCCAAAUAGAUGAUGACUAUGUGGCGGAGAAGCCCAAAUUCAGUCUCAAUCAGCUGAAUGUGGUGGUUGAGAUGAACUCUGCUGAUGACAAGCAUGAGACAGGAGGAGGGGACGGAGGGGUGCAAGGGGGUAACGAUGACUUGGAUACCAGACGGCGAGAAAAGGAAAGAGAGGCGCUGGGAGAACAAACGAUCACCCUGACGACGGAUAACAAUGUGAAUGAGGUUCAGGCCGAUUCCCAUCCUGAGGACUCGUCAAUCUCUUGAAAACAACACC